AUGUCCUCCACGCUCAUUAAAGUAACCCUUGCAUUAAUUGCGUAUUAUUACAAUGAAAUGAAAUAUACGCUUGAAUUAUUAGGAUAUUUCCGUGACGCAGUUCCAUAUGAUGGCAGUGGAAAUUGUCGUAUCAUUCCAGGUCCAGAGGGAUGCGAAGAUAUUGUUAUCCAUUAUCCGAGUGGAUACGCUUUUAUGGCAUGUGGCUCUGGAACGGACAGAUUAACGCAAUAUUGGCCGCCAAUUUCCAGUUUUACUAAUGAGUUUCGAGCCACACCAUGGGAUAAUGUAGUUCUUCAUUCGUCUGCAUCAAAUAUUACUCGUCUAGCUGCGGAGGGAAUAUCGCAUGCAGAUGGAAUUUCGGCAAAUUGGGAUAAAUUAUUAAUUUACGUCAUCGCUGCUGCGGCUGAUGAAAUAAUACGACUUGGUUAUCCAUCUGCUAAUACAUCAAGUGAUGAGGAGACUGGAGAAAUUUAUAUCGCUGCUUUUCCAAAGAUUUUGCGCUUUAUAGCAUAUUCUGAGAAUCCAAAUAAUCCAAAAUCGCCGGGCAUGAUCCUGAAAAUCUCGAAUAAUACCGAUUCAGAUCGAUACUUUGGUAAAAAGUACAAGGUGACCAAAGUUUUGGAAGAUGAUGGCGCAUUUAUUCAUUCCAUCACAACUCCAGCUGUUGAUCACAAAAGAAAUACUUUAUUAUUGGGCACCAUAUUUGCAGAAACUGUUAGAUGUGAUUUAGCGUGA